AUGUCAGUACACAACCACUCUGCCGUCUUCCUUACAAAACCACCCUCACAGGCGCCGCUUUUUCCUCCAUCAUGUCGAUUAAACAUGAUUAAUAGUCGUAAUAAUUACUUUAGAACGAGUAAUUGUAAACUGAUCGUGCAUGCGUUAGCUGGCAGCAAUGGUGGAAGCUGUGCUGGCGGAGGAGGAGAUGGUGGAGUAAAGAAGAAAGGAGUGCCGAAUUCGAAUUAUGUGGUGCCGCUUGAUAAAUCGUUGGCUUCUGCUUAUACUUCUUGUAUUACUAGGCCUCUUUCGGAGAUCUUGCGUGAUCUCAAUAAGAGGAUUCCUGACAAUAUCAUUAAGCCUCCCAAUUCUUCUUCUACCUUGAUCCCUUGGUACCACGCGAACCGCAUGCUCAGCUUCUAUGCUCCUGGAUGGUGUGGAGAAAUACGUGAUGUUAUAUUUGCAGAAAAAGGAAGUGUGACUGUGGUAUACCGUGUCACCAUACGAGGAUCUGAUGGAGAGAUGAAAGAGGAGUUGGAAGCCAUGCAUGCAGCUGAACUGCAUGCUCAUCGUGAAUCAUCCGGGACAGUAUCAUCCAGUGACGGUGACCUUGAAGACCCAGUUGCUGCAGCAGAGGAAAUAGCUUUCGGCAGAGCAUGUGCUCGGUUUGGCCUUGGAUUGUACCUGUAUCAUGAAGAAUAG